AUCUAUAUUUGACUGUUCGAUAUGUCUGGACGUGGAAAAGGCGGUAAAGUUAAAGGGAAGGCGAAGUCCCGUUCGAACAGAGCUGGAUUACAAUUUCCUGUUGGUCGUAUUCAUCGUCUUUUACGUAAAGGAAAUUACGCCGAACGUGUUGGUGCCGGUGCUCCAGUUUACCUGGCAGCCGUAAUGGAAUAUUUAGCCGCUGAAGUAUUGGAAUUGGCUGGUAAUGCUGCCCGUGACAACAAAAAAACUAGGAUCAUUCCGCGUCAUUUACAAUUAGCGAUCAGAAAUGAUGAAGAAUUGAACAAAUUACUUUCUGGAGUAACAAUAGCACAGGGUGGCGUAUUGCCAAACAUUCAAGCCGUGCUCCUACCAAAGAAGACAGAAAAAAAGGCGUAAUUCAGAAAUUUUAAAUUAAACGGCCCUUUUCAGGGCCAAUCAUUUUUUCCAAACGAAGGAUUAACCUCACAUUUCAGAAGUAUGCUCAAAUUACAACGAAGAAAAAUAUAAUAAGUAUAUUCACUCACGUAAAGAAUGAGGAAUAAGACUAUUAACUUUCUCACAUUGUGACUGCUCGUCUAUAUUAUCUAUGUAUUUAGAACUUUUAAAUUAUAUUUAAAGAUUCGAGAAGUUACAUAUAAAUAUAGAUAUACGUAGAUUGUUCAUAAUUGAGUUGCAUGUCUACUGCGUAAGAAUUAACGACAAAUAAUAAGAUAAAUAUCUUUAAAUAUAUCUAAAUACGACAUUAUUGUUAACUUUCGUUUAAAUUCACAAAUAUGUCUAUUAGGAUUGUAAUAAACACUUAAUAGUCUUUCUCAUGAAUCUUCAGUUACAAGUAAGGAAUGACUUCAAUAGUAUUUACUUUGAAUACAUGAUACUAAAAUCUUUAUAUCGUGAACAUAAAAAGAUGAAUGAUUAAUGAGUCACUCAAGGAACAAACUAACCAACUC